AUGUUUUAUAUUAAUAAAUUAUUUAUUGCUAAAAUUGUGAUAUUCCUAGUCACAAAAGUACUUAAUAAUUUGUGCUUAGAUGUUGCUGAAAUAACAAAUGAGGUUUAUAUGGAAGUGAUUGUAGGAGAUGAUGACACUGGUGGCAUAGCAGCAGCUACUACUGUGCAUGAACAACAACAGAUGGAUGAUCGUGAUAUGAAGUCAGCUUUCUUGCCUAGUGCAUGGACAGCGGCCUAUGGUAAUAAUUCUGACGAAACUGAAAACCAGAAUGUCACUGCAAGUGCUGUCUUGCACUUAGACGAGUCACGUGACCUUGACACACUGCCUAAACGAAAACCAAAGAAAAAGAGAAGACCUGAAUCCAGACACUAUCCACCUGCAAUAAUUGUUGGUCCCGAUGGACAGCCCUUAGCUGUCUACCCUUGCAUGUUUUGUGGAAAGAAAUUUAAGUCAAAAAGUUUCUUGAAAAGUCAUGUGAAAAACCAUCCUGAACACCUUGCCAAUAAAAAAUACCACUGUACUGACUGUGAUUACAGUACCAAGAAGAAGAUAAGUUUUCAUAAUCACAUGGAGAGCCACAAGCUGGCCAGUAAGACAGGAAAGGACACAGAAUGUAAUGAGUCUGGGAACCAUUUGUCUCAUGCUGGGGCUUUGAGUUCUCACCAAACAAUGCAUGGAGAAAAAGAAGCCAGCAAAACGUACAAGUGUAAAUUCUGUGAAUAUAAAACGUAUGAACAGCCAUUAUUGAAUCGCCACCUUUUAGCAGUCCACAGCAAGAAAUUUCCUCACAUUUGUGUAGAGUGUGGUAAAGGUUUUCGUCACCCAUCAGAGCUCAAAAAGCACAUACGGAUUCAUACUGGAGAGAAACCUUAUGGAUGCCAGUAUUGUGAGUACAGGUCUGCAGACUCUUCUAACCUGAAAACACAUAUAAAAACUAAGCACAGUAAAGAGAUACCAUUGAAGUGACAUGCUCUAAUGCACCAAGAAAGCAAAACAUACCAGUGUUUGCAUUGCAGCCAUAAGAGUUCAAACUCAAGUGAUUUGAAGCGACACAUAAUUUCAGUUCACACAAAAGACUACCCUCAUAAGUGUGAGUUGUGCAGCAAAGGGUUUCAUAGGCCUUCAGAACUCAAAAAGCAUGCGGCUACCCACAAAAGUAAAAAAAUGCACCAAUGUAAACACUGUGACUUUAAGGGUCUGGAUCUGUUGGUGUUAAGUCACCAUAUUCUCUCAGUUCACACAGUGAGUGUUCCAUUUAUAUGUAAGAGAUGUCAAAGGGGAUUUCAACAACAGUGUGAGCUUCAAAAUCAUAUGAAGACACACAGUGGCCGGAAAGUAUAUCAGUGUGAGUACUGUGAAUAUAGCACUACAGAUGCCUCAGGCUUUAAGCGACAUGUUAUCUCCAUUCAUACCAAAGACUAUCCUCACUGCUGUGAGUACUGCAAGAAAGGAUUCCGGAGACCCUCAGAAAAGAAUCAGCAUAUAUUGCGACAUCAUAAGGAAGUUAACCUGCCCUAA